GUAAUUUUAUUCAGUACCUACAUAACAUAACACAACUAACAAUUAGAGUAAUAUUAGUUAUCUUUGGUAAAUGAUUUUAUGUUACUGUUUGCAGCUGAUCGAAAACUUAUUUGGCUGUAAUUUGAAAGAUAAAUCAUGGCUACAAACUAUGCACAGUAUUCUCAAUUAAUCAAAGCGUCGACAAACUACGCACGACGCAUGCAGCGCUUAUCUAAUAGAAUAUUUAGUGAAGUAGCAAUUCCUACCAAUCCCAAAUCCAUGAAAGUGGUAAAAAUGUUCUCCGAACGGCCGUUGCACACUAACGAAGACAUCAUUCACUAUUACCCUCGACACGUCGAGACGCACAGCUUGAUGCUCAAACUCAGAGAGUAUGGUUUAUUCAGAGAUGAACACCAAGAUUUUAAGGAUGAAAUGAAAAGGCUUCGCGAGCUCAGGGGCAAAGUCAAAGUAUGGAGGAGGAAACUAGAUCAGAAGUCUGAAUAAAAUGUUGCAUUAAUCAAUCAUAGGGCA